AGUCGUCUCCCUUUCCUCUUCUGUCAUUUCACAAUCAACACAUCACUGGACACAUACAGCCACUUUCUCGCAGAAACAUCUCAUCUGAAAAUUAUGAACUUCAACAUGAACUAUAGCACCGAACCGUCUCAAUACCAAUCUUACGUCAUCGCGAACGCUCCUUCCGCCACAGCGCCAAUUUGUACAGAAAUCACGUGCUGUGUUUGUUGAGCCUACGGGUCAUGCAUACGGACAAAAUGAUUACCAACAAAUGGCUUAUGUAAAUGAACAAAAUCCACAGUUCUUGCUUUAUAAUGGGAUGCACAAUCAAACCCAUUCCACCCCACAAUAUCAUAACCAUCAUCAUCAUCACCAUCAAUCUCCGACAUAUCCUCAAUCAUAUUUCAACCCCUACUCCCAUCAAUCUUAUCAACAGCAUCAUUUGAACUCCGAUGUCAACUUCCAAAUGGUUCCACAAAGCACUUCGGUUCCACCAGAUCCGUUUUGCUCAAUUGAGCCAAUGGAGACUAAUGUACAAGCAAAAGAACAAAUUCUCGAAGAAAUCGUGCGCGAGUGCGAAGAAAUCGAGCGUCGUUCCAACUCGAGCGCGUCUCCAGCCUCAAAUUGGUCUUCAGAUGAACAUGACUCUCAAUCCGAAAAAUCUUACCACCCAUACAAAA